UAGUGUUUUUGCACGUCUCGGCUAACAUUCUGCUCAUUCCAGUUUCAACAUUAAAGAGUAAACGCAGUGUCGUGUUGUUUUGUAGUGAUUUUAUUCGUGUUUCGACUUACAAGUGAUUGUUUUUACGUUUUGUUAUUUAUAACAUAUUUUAUCACUCGAUUAUCUGGUGACCUUGUUAGAUAAAGAUUUUGUUAGACACGAAAGAUAUAUUGUACAUUUUUGUUGUUUUAGAGUAAUAUGGAAGAAAAAGGAAAUUCUAAGAUGGAUGAGAGUGUGGAUACUCUACCAAAAAAUUUACAGAAACAUAUGGAAAGCAUCGCAAGAAACGAAAGAUAUAUAACUUAUAAGAUUAUAAGUAAAAACUUAUCAACUAAAGGUGGCAGUUAUAUGGGUAUUUUAUACGAAGUGGACAUUAAAGGAAAAACUAAAGAUGAAGAUAAAGAAACAAAUAUAUUUAUCAAGAAUAUAGUCACUGACGAACAAAUGAAAAUAUACUCGGUGACAGACGUGUUUGCAAAGGAAGCAUUUGUUUAUACAGAACUUUCGAAGAUAUUCACAGAGUUACAGAAAGAAGCAAAUAUUCCGAAUGAAGAAAGAUUCCAAAUGGCUAAGUCUUAUGAGGAAUGCAAUCCAAAAUCUAUCAUUCUCGAGAAUUUGGGUAAGAGAGGAUUCAAAGUCUAUGAGAGAAUGGAAACAAUUCCUUUGGAUUACGCUGAAAUGUGUGUCCAACAGCUUGGUAAACUGCAUGGUCUUUCAAUGGUCCUUCAAGAAAAAAGACCAGAUUAUUUUAAUAAGCACGUCGCUACUAUGAAACAACCGUUUAUUUUUGAAGAAGAUUGGUAUGGCUUUGUGGAGAAUAUGUACAACUAUUCAGUCAAUUGUUUAGACCCUGAUGUUAAGGAAAGAGUUGGGCAAAAGAUUAAGGAAAAAGUCAGUAAUUAUCCCAAGUAUAUGAAUGACACGUCUGGUGUUUGUACUUUCUGCCAUGGAGAUUACAAACAUAACAACAUUAUGGUGAAAGAAGAUGAUGGAAAGCUAAAGGAAGUAGUAACCAUCGAUUUCCAAAUAUCCCAUUAUGGGUGCCCAAUUUUGGAUUUCCUAUACCUCAUUUUCAACGGCACAGAUCAAGAAUUUAGGAAGAAACAUUUGACCGAUCUAAAGGAUUUAUAUUACGGGACUAUGGAAAAGUUUCUGUCACGUUUUGAAAUGGACAUUAGUAAGAUCUUUCCUAGAAUGGAAUUUGAGAGAGUUUAUAAAGAAAAGUUGGAUUUUGGAUUGAUGAUCAACGUGUUUUAUGUUCCGUUUCUGUUUGCUGCGGCGGAUGAGGCUCCUGAUGUAGCCAAAGAGACGCUGUCCACUUUGUCUUUUAACGUCGAUAGUAGAUUCACUCAGAGGUUCCGAGGAGUAGUCGAUGACUUCAUACAGUGGGGUUACUUGUAAUGAGUGCAUAUUGUAUUUUUUUUUUAUAAUUAUUAAAUGGCUUUUUAUACGC